UUGGAUAUCCACGAUUUGUGCAACUGAAUGAAAGACAAUGAUAACAAUAUCAAUCAACAACAACUAUGAAACUGAGUAUUUUUUUUUCUAAUGAUCGCGUCGCGCUGCAUAGUUGUGCAAUUUACUCACUUAUAAUCCGCGUGUCUGCAUAUAUCCAUAUGUACCUAUAUCUAUUUUUUUGCUAGUGGGUGUGUGAUGUGUGUAAGUUGUAUACAUUCAAACGAAUAUUAAUAGGCAAAACAACAAUAUGCAAUUCGAUGGAGGAAAAAGCGAACCUCCCAAAGAGAGUGGAGGAGAGAUGGGCGGCGGUUAGCCAUAGUGAGAGGGGGCGGCCAGUGCGGAGAUAGUAGAUGUGCUCAGAUCUACGCCUCUGUGAGCUGUGUAUCUCUAAAUAAUUGCUGCUCAAAUUUAAAUCUGUGUGUGUAUGUGUGUGUGUGCUUGCGUGUGCGGGAGAGAAGAGCGCUGAGUGCUAGAGCGAGAGCCAGUUCCCAAGAGAGCGCAGCUAGCAUAUCGAUUUUAUGAUUUUAUGUGCAAGGAGCAUUGUACGCAUCAACAACAACAAACGGAGGAACACGACCAACUAACCACGUCAGCGACGGCGACGCCAGCGUUUAUUUAUUAAAACCGAUUACAUUAUAACAAACACCAAAGUCCUGGACUACCGAAGAGUGUGUGGGAGAAAAGCGAGCAGAGAGCAAGGAGGAGCGCCGUGAGAGCGCGCGCGCAGGAUUUCAGAUUGCAGAGAGAACUUAGCAAUUAGUUCGCUUUGUUUGCCCAGCCAAACAACAACAACAAUCAACCAGCUCCCCAAAACCAACAACACACACACUCGCUCUCUAAACUAAAACAAUGGACUUUAUUAUGGCAAACACCGGAGCUGGCGGCGGAGUGGACACACAGGCACAGCUAAUGCAGAGUGCAGCGGCAGCCGCAGCAGUGGCGGCAACAAACGCGGCCGCCUCGCCCGUACAGAACGCAGCCGCCGUGGCUGCCGCCGCCCAGCUGCAGCAGCAACAGGUGCAGCAGGCAAUACUGCAGGUGCAGCAGCAGCAGACACAGCAAGCGGUGGCCGCGGCCGCUGCGGCCGUGAGCCAGCAGCUCCAACAGCAGCAGCAGGCCGUCGUGGCCCAACAGGCUGUAGUGCAGCAGCAACAACAGCAAGCGGCGGCGGUGGUGCAACAGGCGGCGGUCCAACAAGCUGUGGUGCCCCAGCAGCAGCAGACACAGCCCAAUACCAAUGGCAAUGCAGGAUCGGGAUCGCAAAAUGGCAGCAACGGCAGCUCGGAGACGCGCACAAAUCUCAUUGUCAACUACUUGCCGCAAACGAUGACCGAAGACGAGAUCCGUUCGCUCUUCUCCAGCGUCGGCGAGAUUGAGUCGGUAAAGCUGAUACGCGACAAGUCGCAGGUCUACAUCGAUCCACUCAAUCCGCAGGCGCCCAGCAAGGGACAAAGUCUGGGCUACGGCUUUGUUAACUAUGUCCGGCCGCAGGAUGCCGAGCAGGCUGUUAAUGUUCUUAACGGCCUGCGACUACAGAAUAAGACCAUCAAGGUGUCGUUUGCCCGCCCGUCGUCCGAUGCCAUUAAAGGCGCCAACCUUUAUGUGUCGGGGCUGCCGAAGACGAUGACCCAGCAGGAACUGGAGGCCAUCUUCGCACCAUUCGGAGCCAUAAUCACGUCGCGCAUUCUGCAGAACGCUGGCAACGAUACGCAGACCAAGGGCGUUGGCUUUAUUCGAUUCGAUAAGCGGGAGGAGGCCACAAGGGCCAUCAUUGCCCUGAACGGCACCACACCAUCCAGCUGCACAGACCCCAUAGUGGUAAAGUUCUCCAAUACGCCAGGCAGCACCAGUAAGAUCAUCCAGCCGCAGCUGCCCGCUUUCCUCAAUCCCCAACUGGUGCGCCGCAUCGGGGGCGCCAUGCACACGCCAGUUAACAAGGGUCUGGCCCGCUUUUCACCAAUGGCUGGCGACAUGCUGGACGUAAUGCUGCCCAAUGGACUGGGAGCGGCGGCGGCGGCGGCCACAACGCUGGCCAGUGGGCCUGGCGGAGCGUAUCCCAUUUUCAUAUACAACCUGGCGCCGGAAACGGAGGAGGCUGCCCUGUGGCAGCUUUUUGGUCCAUUCGGAGCUGUGCAAUCGGUGAAGAUUGUCAAGGAUCCCACAACGAAUCAGUGCAAGGGCUACGGCUUCGUCUCGAUGACCAACUACGACGAGGCGGCCAUGGCCAUUCGGGCGCUCAACGGCUACACCAUGGGCAAUCGGGUGCUGCAGGUCAGCUUCAAGACCAACAAAGCCAAGUAGAGCGACCCAAAUGGAUGUGGAAAUGGACGCAGAGGGAGCACACCCAACCCCAACCAUUAUCUUGAUUCUAAACAACCUGACCACACAACACACAUAUAUAAAUAUGCAUGGUAUAACGGUAACUAAGCGCAACAAAACAGUAUGUGUACAACACACAAGUAAAAAAAAACAAGAAAGUAGCAGGCAGGAGAAAUACUCUUUCCACUAAACGACAACGAAACGGCGGAAAUCCCCCUAAAAAACACAAAUCUCCCCCCACAAUCCUCCCCAAAACCGCCGGCCAAAAGCGUUGCAAUAGAAAAAUUCUUCUUGUUUAGCAUUUAAGUAAACAACAUUAACUAAACGAAGCAAGCAAAAUAAGUUAAAGAGAUCGGGAGAAGCAAAAAGGCAGGGGGUUGAGAAUGAACAAUGAGAUUUUAAGGAAAUAUUGCAAUAUGAAAACACGCUGUGGCAGUGGCACUGCCACUGUGAAAGAAAGGUCAAAGGUUGGCACGGUCAAGCUAGUCACAAAGCAAAACAAAGAAAUCAACCAAACACACAAACAAAAACGAAAACAAAUUUAACUUUAUUAGUAAAAAAGAAAAUGAGAAAUUUUAAAAAUUUAUUAACUCUAAGUAAAACGCAGCAAUGAAAUCUUCCAAACAAAAGAAAGCAAAACAACAAAUCUGUUUGUUACACUUCAACUUUUUCUACCAUAAAAACUUUGAAUCUUGAUACUAAAACCCAAAACAGAAUUAAGAAAAUAGAGGAAUUCAGUGUCUACACUUUAUACAUAUACGGUGCUUAUAGGACACCAGUUUGGCUUGAUCGAAAAGCGCAGGAUAAAUAGUAUUUGAGGGGCAAUUAGGAAGAUCGCGCAUAUAGUAGAUAUACAUACAUAUAUGUAUAACAUGGAGGCUGCUACAGUAUUACAAGAAACAUAAACAUAAAAACUACAUACUUAAUAAACGAGCACGUUUAAUAAUUCUAAAAAUAUAUGUUUAUCCAUAUGUAUAUGCGAUAAUUCUAUGUCUGCCUAGAUAUACAACUAAAUAUAGAAAUUUAAAGUGUUUUUUAUGUUUUGUAUUUGUUUUCUACACUAAGAAAACGAAUUCCGAUUGAAUCAAGCCAAACUUAUGUCCAUUAAGCACAACUAAACUCAGUGAGAACUGAAAAAAAGAAUAUAGAAAUCACGAAGAAUGAUUGACAGAAGGCCAGCGACGUGAAAACAAAAGUAAUACAAUAAUUUAUGCGCAAAUUUAAAAUGUUUUACUAAAGUAAAUAAUUGUUAGUGAAUAUUGAUACUGUAAAUGUGCGCGUGUGCGAGUGUGUGCACAGGUGCCUGCAGAUAUAUAGUCCGCUAUGUACGACGCAUGCUGGCGUAGGCACACCUUAUAUACUUUAUAUAAUGUAUAGUUCAAGGAGCAAGUAAGCAUAAACAAAAAGAAAAACCAAACACUUGCUAAACCGAAACAAUUUUAGCAUUAAAAACCAAGCGUAGCACAAAAAAUUACUAAAAACCAAAAAGUAGAGCAGCAGCAACCAUUUUUUAUAUAACAACAAAGUAAAAGGAAAACCAGUGAGGAGGCAAAUGUUCUCGAAGGAUGCAAGCAAAAGUAUAGCAAAGAGGUUUUUCUAGCUAAGUAAGGUGCUAAAGGACAGAGAAAAUGGCUCCGUAUGGACAAGGAUUAAUCCGCAUCCUGCUUAUAUAAAACCCCAAAAAACCCGUGUCCAAACCUACAUCUUUUGUGGAUCUUUUGCGUUACUUUAUCAGUUGAUAUAUUCUGUAUAUUUCUUUGCUUCUAUGGAUAGUUGAAGCGAGAGAGUAAGACACACCACACACACAAACAUCAGCAUAUAUAAUUUCGAUUCUGGACUCUAUAUUCCGUUUUUGAAUUUGAAUUUGGUUUUGUUUGAUUUCAUUGUUUGCUUUGUACACGAAUUGAAUUUAACAAUAAGCUUUUGCAUCCAGCCCAUAAAACCAGUCAGACCCAAACCAUGCAUAUUUAUACAAAUGAUUUGUGUUUAAUUUCCUUAUAAAGUUUACCUUAGGAAACUCCCAACCGUUUUGAGUUCACUCUCCAAAUAGCAUAAAUUCUUGACCUAAGUUUCAACAAACAUUGAACAGAAUUGAACGGAAUCCAAAAAGCGAAAUAGGAAUUUAUUUUACUUUGAUUAUUCUUACGUCACCUAACGCUAUGUGUAAUCGGAAGUAUGUAUAUUACCAUAUAUAUUUAUAUAUAUCUAUUUUUUUUAUAAUUAUAGGGUAAAAAAUAUUUUUUGUUUGAACAAAAUUCGCAACAAGAACUCUAGUCAGAAGAUGGAAAACAAGAAUAUUAUUAUGAUGAGGCAGCCGCAUAUAGGGAGGAAAAGUAGAUCAAAACCAAAAGAACUAUGGCAAUUUCUAGCUAAUAAAAUAAUUGAAUGAUAGAAGCCGCCUGCUCUUCCCUUUCCAAAGAUUUACCCACUUGAAACCUCUAAGAAAAAAGAAGCAA